AUGUAUCGUGUCUAUCUUUUUCAAGAAGAAGUUAAAUAUUCGGUUAGACCCAACCGCUUCCUUCCUAAGCAGUCUCUUUAUAUAGCUAUGAAUUCUUCUUUGGUGGAAAAUACAAGAUCUUCCUCGAUUUUUAAAUUAUAG